AUGGAUCUGAACAUGUCAGACCCGUCCCUUGCGGAUAUCGCAGAGCUACAGCGUGACUGUCAUCCGUUCCCGGCAUACAUAGAUGCCAUGUACGGUCGGCCCACAGAAUAUGAGCGACUUCAUAGCAAUGGCCAGGACAAAAAGCCUUCGUCGUCAGAGCAGGCCGCUACGAGUAACCGCACAACGACCGCGCCGUGUCAGCAUCAGCAAACCAAUAGCUUGCAGUACAGCGCUUCCCCUGCGCCUGACCCAGUUGCGAGCUUGUACCCCAGCCCUCAAUCGAUGUACGCAGUGCCCCCGUCAUCUUUUCUCGGAAACACAAAGGCAAGCCGCGCCCCUUCACAAACUCCGGGAGGCCCCGGGAAGAACCUGCAGCAGCAGCAGAACCCGAGUCUCUUUAGCAGCCCCAUGAAGACUACUGGCGGUGACUUGAUCGGAGGAGCACCAAAAAGCCAGGCACAGAGUGGCGGAGCAUUAAUCCAAAAUAAGAUUGGAAGCUCGCCUGCUUCACUCUAUGUGGGCGAUCCGCCGCCUACACAAUUGUCUGCAAGUACCCUACUCGAGGGUUUAGCUUCGUCACUAGCACCGCCUCUCAAUCCCGCAUCGCCCACGUCUCCCGCAUCACCUGCCCCUAUACCACCUGUACGAAUUCUUUUAUACGACGACAUGUGGAAGCCAGCCUUCGAUUGGAUGCCGCGACAGGUCCGGACUAGCAUUAACGAUAAGGUGGGCCGCCUACGCAAUAUCAUAGCAGAGGAGGAAAUCAUGGUGUCCACGCGCAACCAAGCUAAGGUGGAGCUUGUUGCCCUCAGCACGCAGGUGAUGGAAGCACAUAAGAAAGAGAUUCUUCACAAAAUGCACCAAGCGAUGCCUUCACUCUAUGACGCAGUAUUGACCAGGCACCACUACCCCAGCCACCAUCUUGAACAUCUCAAAGCGAACGAGGCCAUACAUAAGAUCCGCCAGCAAUUCCCUGGACCCCCGCAAGAGUACAUGACGGGACUGUUUCAGGAGAUGGUCAGGAGGGGUAAACAAGGAAAGGUGCCUUACGAGGCAAUCCCGGGAUGGCUCGAUCAAUGGAACAUAGAACACGCACCGAAAGCCACAAAUGAGAACGCAGCGACUCAGAAGGCUGAGCUGGAGCAGUCGAACGGGGAGAACUCACCCUUGCCGCAAUGGAGGGGUUCUUGA